ACUUUUGUUUUCAUUCUUGUUCCCUCGUCGUCGUCUUUCAAUGGUUAUUAUAUUGCUGCAGUUGUGGAAAGCACCACCAUUAUGCCUCCAUACGGGUCACUCAGCGUGGCAGACGCUCAAAAGGCAAUGAUGAAAAACGUGGAUAAGUACGAAAUCAAAAUCGGAGAAGCUCGCGCCCAGCACGCGCAAAUUAUUGCAUUUCCCGAAGACGGAUUGUACGGUUUUCUGUUGGACCGAGAAUCGAGUCUUCCAUAUUUGGAGAACAUUCCGACUGAUGACGUCAUCAAGAAACAAAACAUUAAUCCAUGCGAGCAGUCCGCAUUCAAUGAUCGGCCUAUACUUCAACGAAUGAGCUGUCUGGCUAAACAGCAUGACAUUGCAAUAGUGUUCAACAUGGGAGACGUGCAGCCAUGUCAUCCUCUUGUUGAUAUUAACUGUCGGAUCACAGCAGAUGAACGAAAGCAAUACAAUACAGACGUUGCUAUUGACAGCGACGGUCGUCUGCUAGCCAAGUAUCACAAACGACAUCUCUACUUUGAAAAAGCUUUUGAUGUACCCGACAGUGUUAAUUAUGCAACUUUCACGACGUCAUUUGGUGUUUAUUUUGGCAUGUUUACGUGUUUUGAUAUUCUAUUCAAGCAGCCUGCUAUUGAGUUGGUGAAAAACUACAGUGUGGCGAACAUCGUGUUUCCAACUGCAUGGAUCAAUCAGUUUCCUCAUCUCGCUGCAACAGAAGUCCAACAAGCUUGGUCUCGUGUUAUGUCUGUCAAUGUAUUGGCGGCCAAUAAUCACCUUCCAUUACUUGGAUUUACAGGAAGUGGCAUCUACUCGGCUGGUCAUGCACUGAAAUCAUUCGCGAGUUAUGCGGAAAACAUCGACACUCUGCUUGUUGCAAGAGUUCCCAUUAAUCCCGACGAUGUCAACUCUGUGCCAUCAGAUGGCUAUAAUGUAUAUGACGGAUAUCACCCGGAUGCUGUUCUUGGACCUUUACCAACUAAUCAGCCUCGGUAUGUGUUUCAUCCAUUAAUUGGCAAAGACGGUAGGGCUCUAGCGUGUACCAAGGAAUUUUGUUGUGAGACCAAGUACAGUCGAUUAUCAGACAAUGAAUUUUAUGCAUUCGGAGUAUUCAUUGGAAUUGAUAAAUCAAAACCAAACGACUAUCUCAUGCAUGCCUGCAUGCUUACCAAGUGUGCUAAUGGCAGCUUGUCAUCAUGUGGGGAGCCAGUAUAUGAAGCUAGUACGGCAUUCAGUUUUGUGGAAAUAGUUAGCGACCAUGAUGAUGCCACUGUAUUCCCCAUGAUUGUGACUGGCAACAGGAAUCUACUACCACCGAGUGAUUUUGCUUUUAACAAUCCAUAUAAUUUGACGAGUCGUUUCCAACCGGGAAAGAAUCCAGUCUUGAUGGCUGUCACACUGUAUGGUCGAAUAUUUGUUUCAUCAUAAUUCAAAAUGUGCCUGUUAUCCCUAGGAUUGUUGUAUGAUUUGUGGCUGCUGCCUUUUUAUAGUGUCACUGUGGUAGUCUGAUUUUAUACUGAAUGGAAAAGACAAAGAAAUCACAAAGCGCACAAAUAAAAUUUGCAAAUAUUUAGGCCUAUCCUCGGAGUUCCAGGAAGUUGCAUGUGUGUACCAGUAAAUGUCUUUCUGGUUAGAAUGCAGAAAUUUAAUUCGCAGUAAUUAAAAUUCUUGUCUAGAUUCUCAAUUCCA